CUUAAUAAUUUUAGUAUGGUUAACUAGUUAACUAGUUAACACAUGCGUCUCUUCACCCUUUCUCCAUCAGAAUCUCUCUCUUUAUCACCACUGCGCCUCACACAUAUUUUGCCAAGGUCUGUUGCCCUCUUCCUUCCACCGCUGCCCAUUCCGCCGUUGCCCAUCCCACCGUCGCCCAUCCCGCCAUCGCCCAUCUCCCUCGAUUAGCCCUUCUAGGGUUUCCUCAUCGGCUCUCUUUUUGCUCCAGCGUCAAUUUACAUUAAAUAGACACCUUUGGCUUCUUACCACAAAACGCUCUCAAGGUUUCCAAGCACGUUAGCUUCGAUACCCCUCAAAAGCCCAACUUAGUCAUCGCUUUCUUCAACAGAAAUGGAUUCACCCACGCUCACAUCAACAACAUCAUCAAAAGCAUACCCAACAUACUCAUGCAACACUAACGAGAGGCUUUCGCCAAAGUUCCAAUUUUUACGCUCAAAAGGUGCUUCUGCUUCUAAUAUCGUUCGCCUCGUUAAUAGGUGCCCCAUAAUCCUCGUAUCCAGCUUCAAGAACAACGUGAUCCCCUCCUUUGAAUUGGUGAGAAGGUUCCUUCAAUCUGACCAGAAAACCAUUGAUUGUGUUUUCUGUAGUAGACCUUUCCUUCGAUAUAACGUUGAAGCGCAGAAUGUGGACAUGUUGCUUGAUGUUGGAGUCAAGGACUCCGGCAUCAGCUAUUUGUUCAAAGGGAGGCCCUCUAUAUUCUUGUCUACUAACUUGAGGGAGACUAUUGAUGAAGUUAAGGAAAUGGGGUUCGACCCAUCCAAGAUAACUUUCGUCAUUGCCUUGCACGUCAAAUGGGAUCUGUCGAAAUCGUGGUGGGAUACGAAAGUUGAUGCCUUUGAGAUGUGGGGUUGGUCUGAGGAAAUGGUCUGA